CUACCAAUAGAACUCCUGGAUACAAGACAUUAUGUUUCAGUUUCAAGCUUAUAACCCCAAGGCUCCCAGUAGACAUUAAUCGAUAAUUGAGUUCACCUGCAAGGAGGUGGGCAAGUGCUCUCCAAUAGAACCAGAGCCGGCGCCCCAACUGCCGAUCCCGAGACGAUGCGUUAAACCGUAGCGUACUUGUCGCGGAUUUAAUUGCUCGGGUCCCUGACAAAAGAAUGUCUCCAGGUAGUCCAACUAGAAAUCCACACGUAGACAGUAUCUUCUAAACUGGUUUGUUCAGGAGGGACAUCCGAACCAAUGAUCUUCCAUUUUAGCGCCCUGCGGAGCGUACCCUCCUCGUUCGAAAAAUUUCAAAUCCCGUCUCCCUCCCUCCCACGCGCUCGCUUUCGCGGUCGCCAUGGAUGUCCAUCCCACCCCCUUCCCUGGCAAACGCCGGCCAGCAGCAAACUCCACCACAAAAGAUGGCGAACGAAUCAAAUCUUCCAAGAAACCAACAUCUCAAACCCUCACUACUGCUCCAACCAGGCCAAAGCGUGGUUUCGGUGUCGCUCGAAGCACGAACAUGCCGGUCGAGAAGUCUCUAUCGAAGCCCUCAUCAACCAAAACCUGCAAGCCAUGGAAACCUUCCGGAAACGCCACGAAACCAGUCAAAACGGAGGGCCCCGCCGUAGCUGUAACCGGAAAGGACCGAAAGGCAAACGAGAAUGCCGCCGGUAGCGAUUCUAGUAAUGCCAAGACCAGCACCAAGAAGCAUCAGCAUGUGUGCUUCCAAGAUCCAGUGGCAGCAGCUGCCGAUGGUGAUGAAAAGAUUGCCCAGCAGGAAGGAAUCUGCACCCCGAUGUCUUCGAUCAAGUCCGCAGUGCUGGGCACGCCAUACCACAGCGCGCAGAACUGCAGCAAGUGCAGGCUUGACAAGCUGGAGUCCUCAUCAUAUUGGCUCGCUCAGGUGAAGCUGGCGGAGUCUGUGGGGAGGCAUUCCGUUGCAGCUGCAUUCUUCCGCCUUGCGUUGGAGUGCCAAGCCCAGCCGGUUCACAAACUUCAGAUGGAGCUCAAACAUUAUGCGGCACGACACCGAGUCGGUUCUGCUGAAUCUUUGUGGACUGAUCUUUUCAAGGCUUAUGGGCUAUCAAAUGAUGAAGCGAAUGCUCAUUCCUAUAAUCUCGAUAAGUUUGAUGCUAUCUUUGCUGAUGAGGAGGAACCCAAACCUGAUGCAGGAGAAGAGUUAACAAUCUGUGAGACGAAUAAAGAUGGCUGUUUGGAAUAUGAUGGUGAUGAUAACCCAGUAGUGGAUGAAACAGAGGACGCACCUCUCCGGGAUAUGGAUGCUAAUACUACUGAUCCGAAAGGUGGUUCUGUCACUGAGGAAUGUACAGAGGCAAAGCCAGCAAUCAACACAUCUGAAGACCGCUUUCCUGAGAAUAAGAAUUCUGAGGCCAUGAUCAUUUCCCAUGUAUGUGCUAAUGAAUCUUUGGAGGAAAAGUCUAAUAAAGGCACCGGGCUCUCCAUGAAAGGUUCAUCUUUGAAUACCAGGACACAGAGUGGUUCCGCUGACAAGGGUCGGAUUUCAGCAAAGAAAAACCAAGCAGGGCUGAAGUUCUCUGUUAGGGGGCAAAUGAAGACUAAUGUAAAAGAUGGAGGUAAAAGGGAUGGGAGUGGUCAGCUUAGGAGCAAAGACAAGGAAGAUUUGAAGGGUGACAAUUUUAAUUCUGAUGUAUUUGGAGAAGAUGCAAUGACUAAUCAGAGUGCAUAGCCAUGGGACUCAGAUGCGACUGAAUUUGCAGAAGAUUUAAGCUGUAGCUGUGCCCCUGAUUAUAUUAUUUAGUGUGUGUGUGGUUUUUUAGUUUGUAUGGAAUGUUUUGCAGCUUCAACUGGAAGUGUAAGUUUGUAAUUUGCCUCCAUGACAUAGAUGAGAGGACACUGAUUGAUUGAUUGGUGUAAAUGGUGUGGAUAUGCUAUUUCGCAUGGAUUUGGCUUUUGUUGCAAAUGCACUUGAUAUAUCUGAAUGCAGCUGCUCUUAGUUUA